GCCUAGGAGGGCUGACGUUGGACAACAAAGAUGGCGGCGGCGGGGGGCAGCAGCAACUACUGGGAAGAUCUGCGGAAGCAGGCGCGACAGCUGGAGAAUGAACUGGACCUCAAGCUGGUCUCCUUCAGCAAGCUGUGCACUAGCUACAGCCACAGCAACUCCCGGGACGGAAGGCGCGACAGGCACAGCUCUGACACCACCCCUCUCCUGAAUGGAUCAAGCCAAGAUCGGAUGUUUGAAACGAUGGCUGUGGAAAUUGAACAGCUCCUGGGAAAGCUCACGGGAGUCAAUGACAAAAUGGCUGAGUACGCCAACAGCGCCGGAGUCCCCUCCCUCAACGCUGCCCUGAUGCACACCUUACAGCGGCACCGAGACAUCCUGCAGGACUACACACACGAAUUCCAUAAAACCAAAACCAACUUCCUGGCCGUGCGGGAAAGAGAGAACCUCAUGGGUUCGGUCCGGAAAGAUAUAGAGUCGUACAAAAGUGGCAGCGGGGUGAACAACAGGCGGACGGAGCUCUUUCUGAAAGAACACGAUCAUCUUCGAAACUCCGAUCGGCUGAUAGAAGAGACUAUAAGCAUUGCCAUGGCAACGAAAGAAAACAUGACUUCGCAGCGAGGGGUGAUGAAGUCCAUCCAGAGCAAGAUGAACACUUUGGCCAAUCGCUUCCCAGCUGUGAACAACCUGAUCCAACGGAUCAACCUGCGCAAGCGACGGGACUCCCUCAUCCUGGGCGGUGUCAUCGGGAUCUGCACCAUCCUCUUGCUGCUCUACGCUUUCCAUUGACGGACGCUUUGUACAGAGACUUCUGGGCUGCCGGAGUGGCCGACUGAGCUCCAGGAGGGGCACAGGGAGGCAAAGACUGUUGCAGCGCAGCCGCUGCGGCGAAAAUCGGGGCCGAACCGGAAAGAUGUACUCCCCUCCUCUGGGCCGCAGGUUCUGAAAUUGGCCCGCUAUCUUGUUUCGGUUUUGCUCAAACUUCCACUUCCUCUGAUCAAACCUUCCCCUGUUUUUCUCUCUCUCCUGGAAUGGAGUCAAACUGAGCAGGGGCUCGAAACGGAACCACCUCCGAUUUUUAACGCCCUUGUGCGUUUUCUCACACCCAUCUCCCCUCCCUCUGCCUCCGCCCACCCACCCCCCAAAUUUAAACCAGCUCCUUGAAUAUUUGUUCUCCGCAAGGAAGACCUUUAAGCCAGCCAUUGCGGGUUUGAUUUGAAAACAACUGAGAUGGCAAAUAGUACUUGAACUCCAACUGAAUAGGAGGGUAGAGGAUGUAGAAACCCCCUCCCUUUUUUUGUAAAAAGGGAUAAGGGCAGAUGUCUCAGUUCCACCUCCUCGAGGGUGACCCAAGCAUAUCAAAUCUGAAUUUUGCCUUCGGCCGUUGCAUCGACAGGCAGGACCUCACGUUCGCCCCCUGCUUUUUGUUUAAAGAUUCUAUUUUAAUUUAGAUGAAAAGCUAUCCUAAACUUUAUUUUUUAAUAUUGGGCAGGGGGCAAGGGAGGGGCAGCCAUGUUGACAUGGAGAAUUCUGGUUCGUCAAAUAUGUUCUUGGUGUGUGUCGCUUUUAACCAUUCUUUUCUCAGAUCUACCUUUGACCAAUCAUCAAAAUGCAGCUUUUCCCUGUUCCACCUCCUGCAAUUCUAAUUUGCCAUUCUGCUCUUCUUCUAACAAACACUCUAGACUCCCAUUUUUAAAGAACAACAACCUGAAAACCCCCAAAAGAAAUUCUUCUUUUUUAAUUGUUGCACAAUUCCACUGCAGCCUCUCUUGUCUCAAAAACGAAUCGUCAUCUUGGUCAUUUUAAAAAAAAUCUACGCCGCGAGCGAAUGCGGACCUUCAUCCGUUCCCUUUCACUAGACGCUGAGUCGAUCUAGAACCUUUGCCGUGGCGAACGCUUCUCCCACAGACUGCGAUUAACCUUUUUUCGAGUCCGGCAAAAACCUGCGCGGCGCAAAACCUUUCAACGUCACACUCGAACGUUUUGCUCAGGUGGACCCUGAAAUCGACCGCUGUACAGAUUCACAUCUUCAUUGGACUGAGUUCCAAAGCGGAUUAACUGUUGACUCUCUUUGGGUUUUAAAGGCAAUUUACCAUUAGCGCUGAUGACAUUGGGCAGGCUGGAAGGAAGGAGGACGGGGUUUAUGCCUUUUUGUCUAUAAGGGUUGGUUGCUGUUAGGGACUUGCGCCAGUUUCAAAUAAACUCCUUAGUUCGCUUUCUGAAAACAGCAACAAUGAAGUUAAAAAGGAUAAAGUGAAUUUACUAUUGAAGCUUUUGUGUUUAAGAGUUGUCCUUGGGACACUCCGUUUUCUCUUCUCUCUUUUUGAACCCCAUAUGGGGGGGUCUGUACUCUGUUGAGACGGGAAGAAUUGGGUCGCUUUCUGUAACUGGCGAAUUAAUAAGUUAAGCACUAUCCCUAAAUAAAAUGCAUUUAUUUAAUCUUAGAA